UACAGUCCUGACCGAGCGCCGAGAGGAUUGCCAACCAUCGGCAUCGGCACUCUUCCCCCGGCCCUCGUCGCCGCGCACCACCACUGCUCAUCCUUUUUAACCUCUAUUCGCCUAAAGUACCACGAGAACAGUGCAGAGUGCACGCUCAGGAGCUAGUAUAGGACAUACAGGUUUGGUGUUGGUCACGUGACAGAGUAGUACCUAGUUGGUGGUUCGCUACUGGCUUGUCGCGACACGUUGUUGGGAUACUGGUUUCUCAUUUUCUCAUUCUCUUUUCUCUUCUCUUUUCUCGUACUUUUGAAAGAUUGUCCGAUCACCUAUGUAGACUCCAUAUCUUAUAAUAGAAUACAACGCUUGCCGUGCUUAUAAUUUACAUUCAGCUUAGUUUUGUGUUAUUUUAAUCGCGCGAUUUGCCUAUCGAGUGGCCAGUGCUCGUGCUCGCCACUUCAGUUCAAGUUCAAAAAAAGAGAGCAAGUCGAGAAUCGAGAAUACAGGUGUUAAAGUACGAAGCCCAUGACGGAUGAAAUAGCGGCGGAGAUUCACGAUAUACUUUUCCAGAAAGAACGAGCGUAUCUUUGUUGUCAAUCUUUAAUAGAAGAGUUGCCGAGAAAAUUCGCCUUCGGGAAAUGUUGAGAGAGCUGAUCGUCGUCGGCGCGUCCAGUCAAGAGGGUCCAGGAUAUUUGAAGCGUGCCAAUAGUGACCGUCUUCAUGAAAUCUUCAAUCAGUACGCAACGUAUCAGAAAGAUGGAGAACGGUUCAUGACCUCGAGUGAUUUUGUUCGUAGUUAUCUUGGUCUUUACACUGACUCAGACUUCAAUCCGGACUCGGUUGCUUUACUUGCUGGAAUCGUUGAUACCAGUAAAGAUGGACUCAUUUCGUUUGCUGAGUUUCAAGCGUUUGAGGGUUUACUUUGUGUACCAGAUGCUCUUUAUAAAACAGCUUUUCAGUUAUUCGAUACGAAUGGAAAUGGAAUGGUUGCAUUUGAUGAGUUCGCUGAGGUAAUCCGUAAGACGGUCCUUCAUCAAAAGAUGCCCUUUAAUAUGGACAGCGCCUUUAUUAAAUUAUACUUUGGCAAAGAUAAGAAGCGACUCAUAACUUAUGCAGAAUUCACUCAGCUUUUACACGAUUUUCACGAAGAAUAUGCAACGGAAGCCUUCAAAAAAUUUGAUAAGGACGGUACAGGAUUUAUUUCCAUAGUAGAUUUUCAAGAUAUCAUGCUUAGUAUCAAAAGUCAUCUGCUGACAAAAGACGUUAAAGAUAAUCUCGUAGCGGCCUUAAGUACAGGACAGACUGGAAGGAAAGUGAGCUUCCCAUAUUUUAUGGCCUUCAAUUCUUUACUUAAUAAUAUGGAACUUAUAAAGCGAAUUUACCUUAAUGCAACUCACGGGCAUAGAUAUCAGGAAGUAACGAAAGAGGAAUUUCUACACUCAGCACAAAUGAUGUCGCAAAUAACACCCCUCGAGGUUGAUAUUCUUUUUCAUCUUUGUGAUCUUUUACAUCAUACUGGGAAAAUCAUAUACAACGAUUUAGUGGCCAUAACACCUGAGCAGUAUUUUAAACAAAUUACCAAACGACUUGCUGAAAUUAAAGCUGUGUCGAGUCCAGAUGAAAGGGGAGUUUUUGUUCAAAUCAUGGAAAGUGGUUAUCGAUUUAUUUUGGGAUCAAUUGGUGGAGCUGUUGGAGCAACGGCGGUUUAUCCAAUUGAUUUGGUUAAGACUCGUAUGCAGAACCAACGUGCCGGAUCUUUUAUUGGCGAGCUUAUGUAUCGUAAUAGUUUCGAUUGUUGUAAAAAGGUAAUCCGCCACGAGGGUUUCUUCGGCUUAUAUAGAGGUUUGGUGCCGCAACUGAUGGGCGUAGCUCCGGAAAAAGCUAUCAAACUUACAGUCAAUGAUUUCGUGCGCGAUAAAUUCAUGGAUAAAAACGGUAAUUUGCCGUUGUACGGCGAAGUAAUGUCGGGCGCAUGUGCCGGUGCUUCCCAGGUAAUUUUUACCAACCCAUUAGAGAUCGUCAAGAUACGACUACAAGUGGCUGGUGAAAUCGCCGGCAGUCAGAAAGUCAGGGCAUGGACGGUGGUCAAAGAGCUUGGGCUUUUUGGAUUAUACAAAGGUGCCAAAGCUUGUCUUCUGAGGGAUGUACCAUUCAGCGCCAUUUACUUUCCCAUGUACGCACACGUUAAGACGAAGUUCGCCGACGAGGGAGGAUAUAAUACACCAUUGUCUCUUCUCUUUUCCGGAGCAAUCGCCGGCGUCCCAGCAGCAGUGCUCGUGACUCCAGCAGACGUCAUAAAAACUCGAUUGCAGGUUGUCGCGCGUCAGGGUCAAACGACUUACAAUGGAUUGAUAGACUGUGCACGUAAAAUUUAUCAAGAAGAAGGCGCCAGAGCGUUUUGGAAAGGAGCAUCAGCACGAGUGUUUAGAUCAUCUCCUCAAUUUGGCGUUACUCUCUUUACUUACGAGUUAUUGCAACGGCUGUUCUUCGUCGAUUUUGGUGGAUCGCGACCAGCAGGCUCGGAGCAUCAAGUGCCAGCUACGGGGGCCGACGAUAUGCGAUCGACGAAUCCUGAUCAUAUUGGUGGAUAUCAGGUAGCUCUGCCUAUCUUAACUGGUAUUGAGAGCAAGUUUGGCCUGUGCCUACCCAAGUUCCAGGUCUCGAGACUUUAACAGUGACGAUAAUUGCCUGAAUUAUCCGUGGUUAAUCACAGCGCGAAUUUUAAACAAAACUCCAUGUAAUUUUUAAAAGUAUUAGAACUUAUGAAAAAUAUUCCUCACUUCGUGGCUGGAACACGUAGAAGAGACUUGAAAGAAAGAAAAGAAAAAAAAAAUAAAUAAAAGUAAAAAAGAGCACACAGUAUAAGAAAGAGAGGAAAAGAAGGCAAUACACAACCGACGAUAAGAUGGAAUAAUCAAGAAGGAAAACAGGAUUUAUAGCAAUUUUUCACUAAAAUAUCGAUUUCGAUGAGUGGUACAAUUUAGCCUGUUUCGUACAGAGUUGUCUAAGGUCCUAAUUUUUCAUUUUUAAUAUCAGACUUUAAAGAAAACAAGCAAGUAAAAUAAAUAAAGACUCGUUAUAUAGAUAGUAAUAAAAAUAUAGAACAAAAUAUGAACUUGUUACCUCUGAAUUUGUACAUAUGUAUAAUGUAUAAUAAGUGGAUGUUACACGUUUAUGUUCGUGCGAACGAGAGAGAGAGAGAGAGAGAGAGAGAGAGAGAGAAGAGUGAGAAUGAGUGAGAUUAGAAAUAAAGCGUACUUGACGAAAAAAUGAAGGGCGAAUGUAGCGACCAAAGAGAUAAAGAUAUUUUCCCAUAUUUCGUUAGGGACGUUAUAUGAUCGUAAACAUAGAAUGUUCAAGUUUUAUGUAUUUAUAUGUUUGAAAGCGAAGCUGGUUCUUUUCUCUCUUGACACGUCAAAUUUGACUCAUGUAUACGGAAGAUGUAUUUUCUCAUUCCACGUAGGAACUGUUGAUUAUCAUUUAUUUUUAGAGAAACCUUCACUAUUUUUAUCGUAAAAAAGGACAGAGCUAGGAUUUCAUACUCUCGAAUACUAAAUAUUGAUUGUACGUAAUUAUGACGAAUGUUUAAAUACAAUGCAAAAUGGAAAUGCAAA